UACUGCUUGGGCCAAAAACUUCAGUCUGUUGGUUGCGGCAGCAGGUAGCAAAGUGACCACUUGGACUUGGGUGCUCGGGAAGCCACCGUGGCUGGAGAGCAAGAGUUUACCAUGGACGGGUUCCGUAUAUAUUCUUCAGAUAACUACACCGAGGAAGACUUGGGGGGUUCUGGUGACUAUGACUCCAUGAAGGAACCCUGUUUCCGAGAUGAAAAUGCGCAUUUCAACCGUAUCUUUCUGCCCACUGUCUACUCCAUCAUCUUCUUGACUGGCAUAAUAGGCAAUGGAUUGGUCAUCCUGGUCAUGGGCUAUCAGAAGAAACUGAGAAGCAUGACAGACAAGUACAGGCUGCACCUGUCCGUGGCUGACCUCCUGUUUGUCCUCACACUUCCCUUCUGGGCAGUCGAUGCUGUGGCAAAUUGGUACUUUGGGAAGUUCCUAUGCAAAGCAGUCCAUGUCAUUUACACAGUCAACCUCUACAGCAGUGUCCUCAUCUUGGCCUUCAUCAGUCUGGACCGGUACCUGGCCAUUGUCCAUGCCACCAACAGUCAGAGGCCAAGGAAACUGUUGGCUGAAAAAGUGGUCUAUGUUGGUGUCUGGAUUCCUGCUCUCCUGUUGACUAUUCCUGACCUCAUCUUUGCCAACAUCCAGGAAGGGGAAAACAAAUACAUCUGUGACCGUUUCUACCCCAAUGACUUGUGGGUGGUGGUCUUUCAGUUUCAGCACAUCGUCGUUGGCCUUAUACUGCCUGGUAUUGUCAUCCUGUCCUGCUAUUGCAUUAUCAUAUCCAAGCUAUCACACUCCAAAGGCUAUCAGAAGCGUAAGGCCCUCAAGACCACAGUUAUCCUCAUCCUGGCUUUCUUCGCCUGCUGGCUGCCCUACUACAUUGGGCUCAGCAUCGACUCCUUCAUCCUGCUGGAAAUCAUCAAUCAAGGAUGUGAAUUUCAGAACACUGUGCACAAGUGGAUUUCCAUCACUGAAGCCCUAGCCUUUUUCCACUGUUGCCUGAAUCCCAUUCUGUACGCCUUCCUGGGCGCCAAAUUUAAAACGUCUGCCCAGCAUGCACUCACCUCUGUGAGCAGAGGGUCCAGCCUCAAGAUCCUCUCCAAGGGAAAGCGGGGUGGACACUCUUCUGUUUCAACUGAGUCCGAAUCUUCAAGUUUUCAUUCCAGCUAACACUGAUAUAAAAGACUUAAAAAAACUUUUUAAGUUACACUUUUUUUUUCGGAUAUAAAAGACUGACCAAUACUGUACAGUUUUUAUUGACUGUUGCAUUUUUUUCUUGUGUUUGUUUUUUAUUUUUUUAGUUUUUUAGUUUUGUGAGGUUUAAUUGAUUUAUUUAUAUAAAUAUUGUUUCAUAUUGAAGAGUGUCUAGGCAGGACCUGUGGCCAAGUUCUUAGUUGCUAUAUGUUUGAUAAUAGGAUUGUAGAAAAGAGAACCAAACAUUCCAGAGUAUGUAGCAAUUACUUAAGGCUAGAAAUGACCCUCUGCUGUUCGUGAAUUAAUAGUCUCUCCAUUUCAUGGAACGGUUUUUCUUUUUCCUGUUCUAAAAUUGGUUACGCUAUCUGAUUUUCGCCUUAGGAGAUGGCACUUAUAACCAAAGCCUGAAGUGAUAGAAAUGCUGGGUUGUUGUUUUUUCAUGGGUGGGUUGAUUUCAGCACCUGUAAUGUACAGUCUUGUAUUUAGUUGUUAAUAAAAGUACAUAAUAAAC